CCAUCAGCCGGCGCGAUGUUUAGACUCUAGUGAUGUCGUGGCGCUUUGGGGAGAGAAGUUGGUGUUUCUCUGGGCCCUGGUACUGAGGACGCUGUCCGGCGGACCCUGGCCCCUUCCUACCCACCCCUCCAUCUGCUUUUUUCUUCCCUACUCUGGCAGGAUGAGGCGUGCAGGCCUGGGUGAAGGAGCACCUCCUGGCAACUAUGGGAACUAUGGCUAUGCUAACAGUGGCUAUAGUGCCUGUGAAGAAGAAAACGAGAGACUCACUGAAAGUCUGAGAAGCAAAGUAACUGCUAUAAAAUCUGUAAGUAUUUAACAGAUGUUAUAUACUGUCAAAUUUAUGUAUUUAUGUACAUAUGUAUUACAUACUUAUAAACUGUUUAUGUUAUUGGCAUCAUACUAAGGAAUUCAGUUACCCAAGUUGUGUCUUGUUCAGCAAGGUCAAAAUGCACUCAAAAUUUAAACAUGAUUUGAGUAGAAGAUUAGAAAAUGUGGCCAAUCAAAACAUAUGGUACAUUUAUUUUUUUUAAGCUUCCACUGUUUUUUUGUGGGUAAAUCUACAGUACUGUAUGUUGUCUACUGUGUGUUGUCUGUAGUAAUGUCUCAGAGCAGUCCAUCUUCUGCCCCAAGCAGCUCUUUUCCUGACUUUUCUUCUUCUUGUAUUCUGAGCUACACAUCUCAGUGUUUCAUGUUUCUACCUUUGUACCUCAUGUCAGUCACUUGAG